GUGUGUGUGGGUGUGUGUGUGUGGGUGUGUGUGUGUGUGUGUGUGUGUGUGGGUGUGUGUGUGUGUGUGUGUGUGUGUGCGUGCGUGCGUGCGUGUGGUGAUCUCUAGAUGUUUCCACCCUGUGUAUGCCGGGUGCUGUCCUGUGGGAUGGAUGCCGUCCAAGAGCAGGACCACUAUGAGGAGCGCCUAAAGGAACUUUUCAGCAGCUUCGAUGCCACCGGCUGUGGCUCCCUGCGGCAGGAGGAGCUCGCCGACCUCUGCCUGUCACUUCACCUGGACGAUGUCACCCCAGCCCUACUGGACUCCCUGCUGCACGACCGGGACCGCCUCACCGCCAGGGUGGACUUUCACCAGUUCAAGGAUGCUCUCAUUCUGCUUCUGUCAUCCGGCAUCGAGGCUCCCCGAGCGGAGCAGGACGCCCCGCAACCCAGAACAGAGUCUCCCGAGAUCCAACCAAAGUUUGUGAAAGGCGGCAAACGAUACGGCCGCCGCUCCACGCCCGAAUUCAUCCACACCGUAUCAGACUCUUGCAAGGACGACGUGCACGCCGACCACCGUCCGCAGGGCGAGGACGCCAAGGACAACUGCGACUCAGCCAUUCCCAGGAAGCGUGAGCGUUGGAACGCUGACGAAAGAAACACAGAGGAGUACGAAGCAGAAGGCCAGAUGCAUCUGUGGAACCCCGACGAGUCCAGCGCGCCUCGAGCGUCCGCAGCGGCCCUCUGUUCCGAGCAUCUCGAGGCGAGGCUUCAAGAGGCCUGCAAGGACUUGUCCAUACCGUGGGACGGAUGCGCCACUUGCGCCGAUCUGCUGGCUCUGUGUGACUCUCUGGGAGUGGAGAUGAGUGACGACGUGGUCCGGAGUCUCAGCGGUGACGGGUGGAUAGACGUUCAAGAGUUCGUCUCCAUGGUUCGAAGCUACAGCAAACCCACCACCCCGUCCGCCUCCACUCCUUACAGGCAGCUUAAACGACACCAUUCCACGCAGCCCUUUGACGAGGUGGGCCGCAGGAUCGCCACCGGCUCUGCCCUGAUGAGCACCAUUGGCACGCGACUCUUCUCCUGCCUGGACGACGGCACCGGCUUCACUCUGGUGGAGUCCGUCAUGGACGCCUGGACCGAUGAGGGCGUUGAAAACGGCACCGAGAUCCUGCAGGCGUUGAAUUUCAGCCUGGACGGCAGGCUGAGCCUGUGUGAUCUCGCCGCGGCGCUUGAAAAUGAAAUCCUGGCCACCAAGAACGGCAUCCACCGAGCAGCGCUGGCCAGCUUCAAAGCAGAGAUCAGGCAUCUCCUAGAGCGUGUUGACAGAGAGCUCGGGGAGAAAGAGAAACUCCGAUCGGACCUGGAAAGGGCGGAGAGACUUAAAAACCAACUGGCCACUGAGGUGGAUGAGCAUCACUCGUCAAUAGAGCACACAAACACCCUCAAGCUCCGGAAGCUGGAGCAGGGCCACCGAGAGAAGAUGGCCACCGUCCGGUCAGAGAUGAUGAAGGAGAUGGACCAGAUCCGCCAGCAGGCGGCCCAGCAGCGCGAGGAGCUGGAGGCCCAGAUGGAGAAGAUCAAGGACGACGAAUCCUUCCUCAGGGACCAUCUCUCCAUCUCCGUGAAGGAAAACAGGCGUCUGGAAGUGGAGUUGCUGGACUGCAGUGAAAAACUCUUGGAGGCUGAAGGCCAGGUGGCAAAGCUGCGGGCCAGUUUGGACAACAUCAUGAAGGAAAAAUUUGGUGACUUGGACCCCGGCAGUGUGGACUUCUUCCUCCAGGAGGAGCGCAUGAAGCAGCUACGACUGGGUUAUGAAGCACAGUGCAGGGAAUUGCAGGAUCGUGUGGACGAGCUGCAGUCAGAGGUGCGAGACUUCAACACCCUGGGCCGCCCCCACCAGCCCUGCCACAAGCCUCUGUCUGAGGAGCUGGAGAGCAAAAGUCCUGCCAUGGAGUCUGACCCAGGCCUCGGCUCUGAGGAGGUUCAUCCUUUCAGCAUGAGUCUGGAGGCGGAGAUGAUGCUGGAGCAGCAGAAGGAGCAACAUCUUCAGCAAAUGGACGAGUUGAGGAAGCAGCUGGAAGGCAAAAUCAGUGAAUUCAAAGCAACGCUUGAACAGCAGAGGGCGACCCACCAGGACCAGAAGGACACGCUGGCCCUCGAGUACCAGCAGGAGGUGCGGGCCUUGAGGGAGGAGCUGGACGGCACGCGGGAGCUACAGAGCCAUCUCGAACAGGCGGCGCUGGAGAGGACCCGUGUGGAGCAACAGCAGGUGGAGGAGGUGAGCGCCCUGAGGCGGCAGCUGCUAGCGGCCCAAACUAGCGCUGGAGAACUGGAAGAGCAGCUGAGGAACCUGCAAGAGAAAGCAGUCGAUCAGAACCUUCUUCCUGAGAUGGAGGAGCUUAAAAAGCAACAUGCCGGUGCGAUGAAGACACUAGAGAAGAAGAACGUGGAGCUGUUGGAAAGCAGACUGAAAGAGGAGAGGAAUAAAUGCCAGGAAGAGAAGGACACGCUUGAGAAGAGCUGGUUUGAUAGUUUUGAGAAGGAGAAGCAACUGCUGAGACAAAGCCAUGAGGUGGAACUGAGAACCAGGCUAGAGGAGGCCAAGUCCAGCUUCGAGGAGGAACAAGGUCGGUCCGUGCAGAGGCUGACGGAGGAGUGGCAGAAGGAGCGAGCUCAGCUGGACGAGCAGAACGAGUCCCUGCGGACGCUACUUGAGGAGGAGAUGCUGAGACUGCUCAGGGAGCAGGAGGAGAAGGAGAGCCAGGUCCGGGAGCAGUGGGAGAGCGAGCGGGCUCGCCUCGUGCGGUGCCAGGAGGAGGCGCUCCUCAAGAGCGUGGCUCACGAGCGGGCAGAGCACGAGCGCAAGGAGCGGAAACUGAAGCGGGAGCAGGAGGAGCAGCGGCUGCAGUUGGAGGACGACUACAAGGAGAUGCUCCGGGAAAGGCUGGACGAGGAGCGGGAGAAGCACCGAGCGGAGAAGGAGGAGAUGGAGGAGAGGCUGAGAGGCCUGAUGGACGUGGAGAGAGCGGAGCAGGAGGAGAGCCACCGGGAGGCCUUGCGGGAGCUGACGCUCAAACACGCCGAGGAGAGGAGCACGCUCAGCGGCCUGCUGGACAAACUACGCGACGACAUCGCUCAGGAGAGGCAGCACAUGGAGGUGAGCUUCUGCCAGAAAAUCAAGGAAGUAGAGCACCGUUUCUCAGGCGACCAAGAGUCCGUAGCCGAGCGCUUUCGGGCGGACGUCGAGACGCUGGAGCGGCACUACGAAAGCCAGCUGAAGCAGCUGUCACAGAGCCACGCCCAGCAGAAGCUCCACUGGGAGGCGAGGCUGCAGAGGGCGCUCAAGGGCGCCGAGGAACAAAGAGAAAGUACUGAGGAAGCAGGGAGACGGAAGCAGGAGUGGGCCGAAGAGCAAAUUGAGCUGGAGAGGGUGCAUGAGGAAGUUGUGGAAGCAAUGGCGAAGAAGAACCAGGCGUUGCAGCAUGAGAUGGAGAGCAUCAGCAGGACGUCCCAGACCAAAGAAAUGGAGCUAAGUUUCCAGCUGAAAGAACUCCACAACCGGCUUCAGGAGAACCUGCAGGCCAACCAUCGGCUUCUCGCUCAGUCUGAAAAGGAAGCAAUGGAUGCCGAACUCUUGCUCAGCCAGACAGUGGAAGACUUCCGGCAGGAGAGGAUGGACCUUCUGAACAGCCUCUCGCAGCUGGAGACAAAAUACAAGGAGAUGCUUUCCAUUUCUGAAAGACAGACAGCCGAGAGGAUUCAAUUGCUUACUGAGCGCGACGACAUGAAGCUAAGGAUGGAGGAGCUGGAGAAGCUCCUCAGACAGGCAGCAGAUGACUUUGAUGUGGACAGGAGGGAGCUACAAGAACAUGUGGUCAUUCUUGAGGAGAAGUUGAAAGGAAGCCCUGCCAAGGCUCUGGACAGUGACAAACGGAUAAAGAUAUCAUUUGUCAGUUGUCCAGGCGAAGUGAUUGGAGAUCGAGACACGGUGAUGGAGAUCAAUGCGCUGGGGGAACCCCCUGUAGACGUCCCAAAUAUUGACCAGGAACCGUGUGAAGAACGAGACCCCGUGCCACAAGUGAAGACGGAAGCAAACGAGAACGAAGUCCAGAUAUCUGAUCUGAACAACUCUUGGACUCAGAAGGACGUGAUGUGCAAUGAUCCGGAAGCCUCCGCUUUUGAGGAACCUGAGGAUGGCCCCGAAGGGUGUUUGGUUACCAGAGAAGAACACUCUGAGAUGACCACCUGCUGCCAACCUGAGGACUCUGAGACCAAAGAAGACAAGGAUGCUUCCUCAAACCGAGAGUUCCGAUUUGAAGACUUUGACUCAUCACUUGAGGCAUCUGGAGCUUUACAAUCGCUCAGAGAGGAACAUGAGCCCUCUCCUAGCUCGGAAAAGCUUUCACAUGGAGACAAGUGGGACAAGGAGCGUGGUUCCUUGGUACUCUGGCAUUCAGGUGAAGCAUUUCUAGAUGUUAAUCCUGGUUCAGACACCGGGGAACGUGUGGGACAAAAUGCUGUUUUUGAACUCCAAGCUUUAUACCACAAAGCCAAGGACGAGAACGUUCUCCUGCAGGAGAAGAUCUCCCUACUCCAGCAGAAGACGGAACUACUCCAGAGUCUCUUGGAGCACAACAGCAAGAAGAUCCUAAUGGGCCACGAGUACCUGGAGGAGAACUACAGCCUCAAAGUGAAAAUGUUUCUGCUGCUGGAGCACAUCAAAGUGCUGGAGAUGAAGGCCUUGAAACUGAAACAACUUCAGGUUCUCCAUGACGAUUGCCUGCGUGAGAACGCCCAACUGAAGGAACAAAAUGAUGAACUUAAAAAGAGCGUUCAGAGCCUGGAAAAGAACAUCUCUCCCGAUUUCCACGACGGACGGAUGUCUCUUUUGGACGAGAUCAGCGUGAUGCGAGAGGAGAACCGUAAGCUUGCAGAGUUGUUCAGGGAGUUUGACUUGGAUUCAGGUCCUCCUCAGAGUCCAAGCAGCUCUUGGGAGUCUUGUCCUUCAGAGGACAUCGACUGUGACUUGGAGGUGAACACCACCAAUCUUCAUAGAGACACCUCGGAGCUCCAAGGAAAGGACGCAGCCACACAAGCCGAUAGAUCCGCAGCCGCCCGCCUCACUGACGAAAACGUCAGCCUCAAGCAGAAGAUUUCUUCGCUGGAAGAAGAAGACCUGAAACGAGCUCGGGAAGAUCUGACGCACACACUGGAGCAGCUCAAUCACGAGAAGGUCUUGGCUGAGCAGGCGGCGGAGGAGUUCAACAAACAGAUGUCCCAUCUUCACUCGCAAAGCCGGCAGUUGCAGAGCGAGAACGGGACGCUGGCGGAGGAGAACGGCCGCAACCUCGCCGAAGCGGAGACGCUGAAGACGCAGCUGGUGGAGCUGAUGAAGGGCAGCGAGAGGAGGGAGGUGUUCGCUGGCGAGGAGAGGAAAGAGCUGGCAGCGUGCGUGCGCUCUCUGGAAGCCGAAUUGACCAAAGCUCUGAAGGACACUGCCAGACUGGAGGACAGGAACUCCCAGCUGGCCCAGCAGGUCUCUGAGCUCCAGGAGAAGGUGAAGACCACAGACGAGACCCUCCAGACCGUGGGCCAUCAAAGAGCUUGCUUUAAGUCAGAGCUCCGCGUCGUGCAGCAGGGCCGGGACGCCCUCCUCCAGGACGUUGCGGCGCUGCACAAGCAGCUGCAGAAUGCCAACAAUAAGAACCGUGUUUUGGAGCAGGCCUUGCACUUUGCUGCCGUCCAGAGUCCCAGCAAGAAGCUCUGCAGAGACGACCCGGACAGUAAGGCUGGCAGCAUCCUGUCCCACGGGCACCAGCGACUCUUGUCUGUCAUCAAAGCCUUGGAGCAGGAGAACGCCUCCUUGAGGCUAGAAGGAGACACCCAGAAGUUGGUGAUCAAUGACCUCGCCGCCAGGGAGGGACUCGCACAGAUGGAGAAGCUUCAGGGGGAAAACGAGGCGCUCAAGGACCAAGUGGAGAGACUGACUGCUCAACUGUUAGAGUCAUUCCAGGCUCAUUUCGCGGGACUCCUGCCCGUGUCGCCCCGCAGGAUGGCGAGGAGACGCGGCGCUGAGGGCGAUGCGGACGACGCGCAGGACGCCCGUGAGCGCAGAAUGGAGCGCAUGGAGGCGAGGAUGAAGGAGAUCGAAGCGUCGCUGCGUAACGUCAAGCUGCUGCUCCGGGAGAAGGUGGCUCAGCUCAGAGAGCAGGUUCACAAGAACAGCAUCGCCGAUGUGCUGAUCCGAGACCUGCACUCCGAGAACGGCCGACUGCUGAAGGCCCUGGAGGCGUCCAAGCGUAGACGACAAAAGGCCGAGGAGAAGACCACCCGCCUGGCCGAGGGCGAUGUGCUCCCCUUGCACGGGAGAGGAUGCGGUCCCGACCCCCCACCCCUUCUGGCGUCACCGUGGUCCAACUUGAAAUGCUCCUGACGCGCCGUCGUCGCUUUAAGGCGCGUAACGUGUUCCUCUUCUAUACUACAGUAAAUACAGGAUGUACCAAAGACACAUUUACUGUACACGUGAAAUCACGGCCAGCUAGCUGCUUAUUGCAGCGCCUUCACCGGUCAUCACGCAUUUAUGGGGGCGUCGGCAAGCUGACGUCUGUUCUAGUCCAAAGACAAGCAGUGGCGUCGCACACGUCAUGUGACCAUUGACACCCCGUACGUCAGAGGUGUCCGCAAUGUGGCUUUUUAUCGGCACGCGGCGGACUCUGGAAAUGUCAAUCAGCAAGAAAAGUUCACCAAAAAAAACAGCAAAAUGGGGAAAAAUAUUUGAGCAACAUCAAGUUGGUCAGGAUAUUAUGACAAACAAACGAGUGAAGUUGAGGUUGGGUAGAAGUUAGAAUAGAAUACGAAUGAUAUUAUCAUUUAUCAAAUUAGAAUCUAAAAAAAUAGUUUGGGGGGGGAGCAGGAAUGGGAACAAAAGCAGCUGUCAUUGUCUGAGGAUGAGGUCAGAAGUAGCCAUGUUUUGAGGAACCAAAUAAAGAAGAUCAUUGCAAAGAUUAUGGAAGAAGACUAAUGUAGAAAAAUGCUUUUUUUGUGGGAAUAUUAUGAAAACCAAUGAGAGGACGAGUGAAGUUGUCAUUUAUGGAAAAGCUUGGGUCGAAGUUAGCAUGCGACAACGAAGCCAAUGUUAGCAGAACAAAGACAAAAACAGAAACCAGCGGUAAUUCAAUGAGAAUGAGGUCCAAAUAUUCACAGGAAAAAAAAGAUGGAACGAGAAAAAAUUGUUCAAAUUUGACAACAGGAAGCUUUUAAAAAUAAUAAGUCCAAAUGUUAAAGGAAAAGUCAAUAUUUUGAGGAACAAAAUAAAGAUAAUCACAAAUAAGUCGUAAUGUUCUGAGAAACGCACAAAACAAUGAAUACGUUUGUCAUUUUUGGAAAAUGUUACCGGGAAAAAGUCAAAAUGUGAGAAAAUUGACAAAGAUUAUGGAAGAAGGGAAAAGUGUGGGGUGGGGGGAAAGCAAAGUAGAUACUAAUAACACUGUUUGCUUUUUCGCCUGUCCUGCGUGUGCUGUAGCAUAUCGACUGCACGUGUGUUGCUUUACAAAACAUCAAAGUGGAAAAGUUGCAUCCUUUCUUUUUUCCACCAUGUGGCCCCUGCUGGAAAAACCUUCGGACACCCCUGACGUACAAACAUUUCACCCUUUACUUCCAUCUGACCUACAAGGUGGCACCUUGUGUUUGAAAGCCGUCCAUUGGAGCCUGCCGGCAUUUCGAGGUCAAAACAAGAUGAAAACACAAAGCGCCAUCUCUGAGUGCUCACAGCCACCGCAACCGCUUGGAACGUCCCGCUGUUGUACCAAGCGACAGACGUGCAACAAGCAAACCAAAGUGACUUGUGGGAUUUUAUGUGAAGAAAGUUGCACUUUUGUUUGGAAUAUCCAACUUUGUAGAACUUCAUUUAUCAGGCAAGGAGAAGACGUCCUUUAUGAGGAUGAUCAUGUGAGUACAACCAUUAGUUGGAUUACUGCCACAAACUUGUUAUACAACCCAGUGUGUGUGUGUGUUCGCAUCCAUCAUUUAUCGUUCUCUUUUUUUCUUGUAAGGUAAAAACUAAGUGUUGCACUCAUGACUGUGAUUAUGAUUAUUAUGCAUACAGUGUUACUGAAUAUGAUACAGGAUGUAACAUGUCACGGAUCUUUGUUACUGCAACAAAAGAUAAAUAUGUAUAAAGAUAUAUAUGUGUGUGUGUAUAUGUAUAUGUAUAUGUAUAUAUAUAUAUACACUGCUCAAAAAAAUGAGAGGAACACUUGGAAAACACAUCAGAUCUAAACUGGGGGGAAAAUGAUGUUGAAUAUGUUUCCUGAUAAUAAGUGGGUGAUGUAUUAGUAACAAAAUGAUGCCACAUCAUUUGAUAGAAAUGAAAAUGAUCACCCUAUAGAGGGGGGAAA